AAAAACAUUGCCUUUGGAUUUGGAGUGUGAUCUCAUCUAUCACAGCGCACAACAAAAACAUCAAUUCUCCAGUAUCUUUGUACUGUCUUCUAUCUCUAUCUCCUCCGCGAACGCUUGAUUCACACGGCGACGGAUUAGAUGGCAACAGAGGCAGAAAGUCCUGCUACCACUGUUCCUGUUCCAAGUGCGCAAAUAGUUGGUAAUGCCUUUGUGGAACAGUACUAUCAUAUUCUACACCAUUCUCCAGAACUAGUUUACAAAUUUUAUCAAGAUUCAAGCAUCCUAAGCCGACAAGACCCAAAUGGAGUGAUAUCAUCUGUGACAACAAUGGAAGCAAUCAAUGAAAAGAUAUUGUCCCUGGAUUCGAAGAACUACAAAGCAGAGAUUAAAACUGCAGAUGCUCAGGAUUCUCACCAGGCUGGGGUGAUUCUUUUAGUGACGGGGUGUUUGACCGGAAGGGAUAAUGUGAGAAAGAAGUUUACUCAAACAUUUUUUCUAGCUCCACAAGAGAAGGGAUACUUUGUCUUGAAUGAUAUUUUUAGAUAUAUUGAAGAGAAUGAAGCUGUAGAGAAUAUCUCUGAACCAGUUAAUGCUGUAAAUGAAGCUAGUCAGGUUGCAGUAUUACCGUCUGAUCCAGAGCCCGUUCAUGCUCCUGAUCAUUCUACAUAUGAUCCUGCAACUCCUAUAGCAUCUGAGGAGUUACACAAUGGUCCAGAAGUUUGUGACCCCUCAGAUAAUGAGGAAGGAUCAGUGAUUGAAGAAGAGGUUCUUAAUGAACCCCAAGUUUAUUCAAGUCAAAAAGAAACUGAUAUUGUUGACAGUUCAGAUCCUUCUGCUGCCCAAGAGGAGAAAAAAUCAUAUGCUUCGAUUGUGAAGGUCACUAAGGCGGCUACUCGUACUAUAGCCUACGUUCCAACAUCUAGCACCCAGGUGGCAACUGUAAAAUCUGAUCAACAAGCGCUUGGGUCUGAAAAGCCUCCCACUGAACCAGAACCUUUGGCUCCUUCAAAUGACAAUGCUCCUGAAAGUAGCAAUACCCACGAGGAAGGUUACUCCAUUUAUGUGCGGAACUUGCCCUCCACUGCAACAGCUGGACAACUUCUGGAGGUUUUUAAGAAAUUUGGAGCCAUUAAGCAUAAUGGUAUUCAAGUCAGAAGUAAUAAGCAGCAGGGAUUUUGCUUCGGUUUUGUGGAAUUUGAGUCUAUGAGUGCUAUGCAAAAUGCAAUAGAGGCCUCGCCAAUAACAAUAGAGGGUCGCCAAGCUGUAGUCGAGGAAAAGAGAACCACCACUAGAGUUGUGGGCAGCUCAAGAGGAGGGGGGAGGUACUCUUCUGGAAGAGGCGGGUUCCGGGGUGAAAGUUUCAGAGGCCGUGGAAACUUUGGUGGCGGGAGAGGCUAUGGCAGGAGCGAGUUCAGGAACCAGGCUGAUUUCGGUAUUCGGUCAAAGGGGCGUAACGUUGAGACCUAUAGGCGUGUAGACCAGAACGAGAGCACUCGUCAAGGAGGGAUGAAUAAGAACACAACUUCUGCGUAGUCGAAGCAAUAAUAAAUUUUGCACACUUGAUUAAGUUUUCCAAAAGUUCUGAUUUAGUUGCUUUCAUUAACCUCCCUCUUGUGACAAUUGCCCCCAACCCCCCAUGCUUUUUUAUUUUUUUUCUUUGUUGAGUGAUCCAGAGAUCAUUAGAUGUUGAGGUUUACAUGAGAGUCAUAUGUGAGUGUUUCUAUUAUUAGUAAUAUUUUUUUUGCUUCCAUUUUAAGCUUAGGCUAGAUACACGUUUGAUAGGAAUUGUAUUUUUUUUAAAAGAAAAUAAUCUCUCUUUAAUACAAUUUUGUGUUCUAUGAAA